GCCUUCCCUCUUUGGUGCGUCUUCCUCUCCGCUCGGUGCGUCUUCCUUUCCAUCAGACAGUCAGACAUUUAUUCUACUUUUCAUUCCAUCUCUCAAGAACUUCAUCUCCCCUAAGGGUGUUUUUAUUAAUCCAGCUUUCAUUGAGCCAUUUGGCCUUACUCUAAUUGAGGGUGUUUUUAUUAAUCCAGCUUUCAUUGAGCCAUUUGGCCUACUCAUUCAAACAGCCACUUCAAUCUGCCAAAUCGAUUGAUACCCAAUCUGUUCUCAAAAGGCUGCAGUCAGAGCUGAUGUCGCUAAUGAUGGGAGGUGAUCCUGGAAUUUCUGCAUUUCCUGAAGAGGACAACAUAUUUUGCUGGAAAGGAACAAUUACAGGGAGCAAAGAUACGGUGUUUGAAGGAAUAGAGUAUAAGCUAUCCCUUUCCUUUCCGGCGGAUUAUCCUUUCAAGCCUCCAAAGCUUAAGUUUGAGACAGGGUGUUUCCAUCCUAAUGUGGAUAUCCGUGGAAAUAUAUGCCUAGGCAUUCUUCAGGAUAAAUGGUCAUCAGCUUAUGAUGUGAGGAUUAUACAGAGCCUUCUUGGAGAACCAAACACGAGUUCCCCUUUGAACACCCAGGCAGCAGCACUGUGGGAAAAUCAAGAAGAAUACAGGAAGAUGGUGGAGAAAUUGUACAAGCCUGCAGCUUAGCUUCUAAAUUCUUUACAUUUGGACAGCGUGAAAUGGGAGGAUGAAGGAGAUUAUUGUUAUCAUUCUUGUAGUAAUAGAUCGCAUAUCAUAUUGCCUUUCCUCCUAUGUUCUAUUCCUUUAAUUCUGUCUUGCAGAGAGGGGUUUCAAUGGCAUACCUAGCCAAAAUUGUUAUUGUACAACUAUUGCAUAAUUCUGCAUUUAGGCUUCAACUGUACUCAAAAUUGAGGGCACAUGAGCUGAAGAAAGUGAGAUUUUACUUCAAAUUCAAGACUGAUACAGAAAGUCUUGAAUUUUAAAAUCUUUAAUUGCUUUAACAAAUGGCUUGCUAUAGCUUUUAUAUGUUUGACUUGAAUAGCUGUUGAUGCUCAUUAGUUUUUUAUUAAUUUGUAACUGUAUUCUUUAAUUUGUUGAUUCUUCUCUGCAAGACAGGCGAUGCUUUGAAUGCACUGAAGAAAAAUUUAGAAGAUCCUAACAAUGUUGGGAUGCAACCCUUGUGAAUCCCUGUACGUAGUUUCAUGUUACUUGCAAGAAUGAAAUUAGUGUUACUAGAGUCGACCUUGGAAGUGCAAACCUAUAUGGUCAGCUGGUUACACAUCUUGGCCAGCUACCAAAUUUACAAUACCUGGAACUUUAUAUUAACAACUUAAGCGGCACUUUGAAGAAGCUUCAGAAACUGUGUUUCCUCUAUGCAAUAAAAACUCUCCACAAAUCUCAGUUUCCUCUUAUUUAUAUUUUUGUUAGCUGUUUGGUAGGAGGAAGUUUAAAUUAGAUAAUUGUUACAAUUAUAUGAGGCAUAGCGGUGUCUAAUCUGUUUCUUGUCUUUUCAUGGAUAGGAGGCUGAAUAACAACACUUUGACAAGAACUAUUCCUUAUUCUUUGACUACAAUCAGAUCGCUGCAAGUCCUCGGUUCGAUCCCAAUCCGGUGCUUCCAGUUACCGGGGCAUGCACUGAUCAGGCGGAGAGUGUUAAAAUCACGUUUUCAAAGAGGUGCAGAAACUGAAGAAGGAGCUUGACCUAUUGAUUGUUAUUCUUCUAGAUAAUAAGAGCUCACUAUAUGGCGAUCUAAAGAGAAUUUGUGAGACCGGCCUUGGAAUAGUUUCACAGUAUUGCUUGACAAAACAUGUCUUCAAGAUGACCAAGCAAUACCUAGCGAAUGUGGCUUUAAAGAUUAACAUCAAAGUUGGGGGAAGAAAUACAGUUCUUCUUGAUGCUUUAUCGAGGCGUAUUCCACUUGUCAGUGACCGGCCUACAAUCAUUUUUGGUGCUGAUGUCACCCAUCCUCAUCCGGGAGAAGAUUCCAGCCCCUCGAUUGCAACAGUCGUUGCUUCACAAGAUUGGCCAGAGAUAACAAAGUGUGCUGAAUUGGUUUGUGCUCAAGCCCAUAGACAAGAGCUUAUUCAGGAUCUGUACAAGAGGUGGCAAGAUCCAAAUAGAGAAACUGUAUCAGGGGGCAUGAUCAAGUAUGUUCAUCUCCCAACCUCUUAUCUGAUUGAAUAAUACACGAUAGUAGACCUAUGUGUACUCUUUAUGGUAAUUUUUAAACUAAGCUCUUUACAGCAUUAGUUUUGUUUCUGUGCUAUAUGAACUCCUUAUUUCAUUCCGCAGAUCAACUGCACAGAAACCCAAAGCAUUAUAUUCUAUAGGUAUAUAUUAUUACUCAGUAUUAUAGUGUUACUGUUACUACUUAAAUAUUCUAUAAUCGAAAAAAGUAUGAGGGCAUAAUUUAAGGAGCAUACAUGGAAGAAGACAUGGUAACACUAACCAGUAUAUUAACAAGAUUCGUUGUUUUUAAGAAGGUAUUCUGAAUGCAAAUGAAGUUAUUUCUGGAGUAACUUUGAAUCUAUAUUUCAGACAUAUUUUUGGAGUUGUUUAUAGUUAAUUUGUGGUUCCUGAGAUUUUGUGAUAUUGUACGGAACUUCAUCCUUCACACACUUCAGUUGCAGGUAAUAUUUUAAUGCUUAAAUGUAGUUUAAUUGGCAACAUUUUAGUCACAUGCCUGAAGUUCUGCGAUUAGAUGUUAGGUUCCUGCGUUUUCCAUGAUAAAUUCUCAAGAUAUGAUUUAAAUAAGUCGUCCUCUUUUUUAGGAUUAAGUGGCUUCUCUUCUAAAUGUAAUAUUGGCAUUUCUUAACAAGUUAUCAUCUCUUGUCACCUUGUGAUUGUUAGUUGCAGGGUUGAUAAACAGCUUUCAAAAACAAUACUAAGAUAUUAGAGUUAUAAGAAAACUGGUAUGUUUUUAUUCAUUUAGUUGAAUUCUGUUUAUAAAAUUUUGUGUUUAAAAUAGAUAUAGCAUAAUUAGCACAUAUCUUGGUUCAAAUUUGAACUAAUUUGACUUAUCUAAAUAUCUAUAUAUAACCAACUAAUGUCCUGCCAUGAAGGAUUGUUAUUGACUAAGUUCUAC